AUGCAAGAAAUUACGGGAAUUUUCAAGGUGCGGCGAAUUGAGAGCGUCCUCUGGUUUGACGAAAAAGUUUUCACCGUUAAACAAAAACAUCCCAAUUUUAUCUUUCAACAAGACUGGGCUCCAGAUGGAGCUAAAACAAUCCAUUUUUUAAAGACCAAAAUUAACUUCUUUUUAACUGAGGAUUUGUGGCCUGCGAACAGUCCGGAUCUGAUCCAUUGA